GGUGGAGUGGGCCACUCAAAAACAGCAACACAAAAGAACUCGAGUAGUAGUAAAAUAAAUAAAUAAAUAAUUAUUAUUUAACGGUUAACGAUUAAUGGUGUUAUUAUUUAAUAGACAUUUAAAUGUGUGUGUGUAACAGGUAGAAAUUAGGUGACGUUGUAGUAAUUGUGUUUGUGACAUUGUUUUAAAGGACAGUCGUGUAAAUUUUAUUGGGAAAAUUGUCGAACAUUUUAUACUUCCUGAUAACCCGCUGCUAUUUUUAUUUUAAUGUUUGUGAUUAACGUGGAAGAAGUAGUAAUUAACCACCAUCAAUGUUCCUGCUACGUUUGUUCCUCCUAUUUUAGCAGCAGCGUCACUUUUGCGGCGAAUUUGCUCCGCACCCCUGUUACCCUGUGUAAUGAUGGAAUUGGACCCUGCGUACUUUUUUGAACGGGACGACACCAAUUUCACCACCGCAAUCAAUAACGAGAAUCGAAAUCCUAAAAUACAGACGAGACGAUUGUCUGAUUAUUCAAUAAUUCUUGCACCGAAACCAAUCCCACCACCGUCGAGGCGUGAAGAUCGUCAGGCCGCGCGGUGUCGCAAAUCAGGAAUGGUGCCUGGUGCGAUUCGAAAAUAUUUACUACAGAAGAAGAAGCAUGAAGAGGAAGAGGAAGAAGAUGACGACCCCACAACUUCCGACAUAGACGGAGACGAUGAUGCCGAUGAGGGGAACAAUGGUCAACAAGUUGUCCUCGGGGAAGAGCAGAUCGUCCGACGGUACAGUGAUGAUGACGAUAAUGAUGAAGAAGAUGGUAACGGCAACGAAGACGAAGAUGAUGAUGGAAUUCAAGUUGUUGGAGUCUUUAAUAACCAUCAUCACCAUUAUAAUAACGUGCUCGGGGAGGUCAAUGGUGGUGGUGGGCAUGUUCUGCAAGCAAACGGAUUUCCACAAGAUUACGAAUCCGGGAGUAGCGACCAAGAAGACAAUAACAAUAAGAAUAAGCGAACCUACUCUUCUUCAUUUGGUCUUAGUCCCGACACUACGACGCCAGAAGUGAACAUUGCCUCGACCAGUUCGAUUGUGAGAAUGUCUCCCCAUUUAGAAAUCCAUUCUUCUCCUGUCAUUAUCGAGGUGGAGCAGAGCCCCGCCGAGAAACGGAUGAGACUGGAGAGGACGCCAAGAAAAGGAGGAGGAUGUACGAGUGACAGCAGUUCCGGACAUGGAGGUGGAGUUGGACGCAAAUCGGCGUCAGCCGCUUCGAGCGAUGUUGAAGGAAAGGGACCUAAACAACCGUUUUGUCGACAAGUUCUACAAGAUCCACCUGUUGUUAUAUUUAAGCAGGCACCUUUGGAUCCCGACUUGGAAAAGAAAGUCCGGAAAAAUGCCUGGAAAGAUAUUAUCACUAAAUUUGAGAUAAAUUUGAAUAACAAACUAGUUCCUCAACCCCAACAUGUUGGCGACCUGAUUAAAAAAGCUAUUCUGGGUCUUGGAACUCGAGUUGCAAAAGAUAUCCCUACCUUGGCUAUGGAUUUUUUUCAAACUCUUGUUCAAAAAUACCCCGUUAGUGGUGGGGACGAAACUACACAGUACUAUUCUUGCACAUUCACACAGACAUCUUCCGAUAUGUGCUCAAUGUCAGAAUUUCUGUUUGACGUGUUAAAUCGUGUACAAGCAGAUGCUCAAGCUCGCGUGCAAUCCAAACCAUUCCCUUUUUUCAAAGUAUUAACGAAAAUGGUGGUUCAGCAGUAUAAGGAUUAUGGAGCUUCUCAAGUGAAGUUAAGAAGACCAUUUUUCGUCCAAUUCUUAGAGUUGGAUAAUGGUGUACAGGAGCAAGAUCGAAUCCUCUCGUAUAAUUUGUACUGCAAGAAAUUAGUACACUUCACCUUCCUAUUGAAAGAUUAUCCUGAAGAGUUUAAAACCGUCAUGCGGUGGGUUGGCCUGCUCGCGUACCACUUAAAGAAACAUGGACCACUAGAUGACGAAUUCAGAGCUCUUGUCAAUGAUUUUGCAGACACAUUAUCGCGGCCAGAACAUUCCUCUAGCACGAGCCAAAUUGUGCAAGCCGUUUGCGAUUAUACACUCGGAGCUGCAGUCAGCUUCAAAAUAUUAACGAAUCGGAUAAAAUUCGAGUCUGUUAAGGACAACUCGAUGAGGCCUUUUGAUGAUGAUAUUGCCAUGUACUUGCGAUCUCUUUCUAAAUCUGAUCUGAUAACCGGUCUGAACCUGAAGGAAAGGAGGCAUUCCAACGAAUACCCCACCAUACCAAUUUCCUCCCUUGUCAAUGUGAACGGCAGGAAAUCUGAAACUGUUGCUGUUAACUUGAAGGGAGAAUCUUAUCUGCACAAACUGUGCAAGAAAGUGAGUCAUGACUCCAAGGACAGCUCGAGCCUCACGUUAGCUCAACAACUCAAGCAGCAAAGAUUCUCAACGGUCAACCCCACCGAUAAUUUUGGCAAUACUCCGCUACACGAUGCCAUCGCUCAUGGGAGGUUUGAUGCUGUGACAAAAUUUUAUGAGUUUUGUACGCAUGUAAAUCUUCCUGAAGAGCUGCGAGUAAAUUUACUGGCUCAGAAUGAAGUUGGGGACACUCCAUUUCAUUUAGCUGCAGUCUCACAUGACCAAAGUGAGCAAAUGUCUAAAUUACUGUGCUACAUGGCUGAUAAUCUGCAGGUAAAAGAGGAAGCGCUAAAGGUGUUAAACCAUCAAGGAAAAAUGCCGUACGAGCUGGCAUUCAAUGGUAAUGCCCGAACCCUCCUAAAACCGCAAGUUCUCACCGAAUGGUGGUGGCAACUCGGAGAUGUUUCUGUUCAUCCCAGCUACCGAAUCGAGCUACAGUCAUUGGACACGAAGAAACUUAUCUUGUUCUGGUCCGAGUUUUCGAAUGAAGAAAAUUGAUACGCCGUUUGAGACGAGGGGUUGGAGAAAGUAUAGCAAAAAAAGUACAAGUGGAUGAAUUUCGACGAAUUUUGAAUGACAUUUAGAGUCGGCCUUCGUUUUAAUUUUAAACUGACUAAGUUCUUAGCAACUUUAUUUUCUUGGAUGUGUUUUAAUUUAGGAUAAAAUCUACCAGUGCUGCAUAGUGUUCAAUAACCUUAACUAUCAAAUUAUGUACGUUCCUACUUACCCUUUAUAUUAAUUUGAUUUUAUUGAUUUACUUUAUUAUGACUAUUUCACAUUCAAACUUGAUUACUACGAUAAUCCCGAUAGCUUUACCAUAUGGUUAACGUUUACGUAUUAGCUUUAAUAUCACGACAGGAUAAAAGUAUUGUUAGAUUAGUAGGUAAAAAGUUUCUAAAUAUAUGAAUAUCAUGCUUCUCUGCUUUGCUGUAGAACGGCAAAAAGUUGUUAUAUUAUGAAAGAAAGAGCAAUAUACAUACAUAGGAUCUAAAAAUACUUAACAAAUAUGAAAUGAUCAUAAUCGAAUCGAACUCAACGAUAUCUAAAUUAUCCGGCUAAAAGUACAUUAUAAUUUGACUAAUUUAAAUUUUCAUGGUAGAAAGAAACUUGUCAAGAUAUGCUUUACAUUAUUACAUGUAUUAUCAUGAAAGAGAAGAACAGUCGCAAUAAAAAUUAGAGCCGUUUGUUCACCUUUUGCCAAUCAA